AUGUGCCAACAGGAAACUCAAGCCAAUGGCUGGACCAGCAUGCCGGCCAAUGCAGGCACCAUCUUUGGUGACAAACCGUUCAUCAACCAGCCCGGGCCUUUGUCUCUAGAAGACAUCAAAUUUCCAUUUGAUGAACCUGUAGUCGCUAAGACUUUGACAUAUGCAAAGAAAGUUCUGCAUCCUGAAACCUUCAACCAUUCGAUGAGGGUUUACUUCUACGGAAUGGCUAUUUCCAAGCAGCAGUUUCCUGAGCAGUUUGCUUCUCUUAACCCGGUGACUUGGGCUUUGGCAUGCUUGCUUCACGACUUGGGUACCGCUGAAGAAAACCUGACGGCAACCCGGAUGUCUUUCGACAUCUACGGAGGCAUUAAAGCCCUCAAUGUCUUAAAGGAAUUUGGCGCCACUGUAGACCAGGCCGAGGCAGCUGCCGAGACAAUCAUCCGCCACGAAGAUAUGGGAGUGGACGGUACGAUCACCUACUUCGGUCAACUCAUCCAGCUGGCCACCACAUACGACAACACUGGUAUCCAUCCACAUGUCAGGGAUUUCGGUGAAUUGAUCCACGAGACCACUCGCACUGCGAUCAACGAGUCUUAUCCGCGCAUGAAGUGGUGCAAAUUCUUUGCUAGCGUCAUCCGCAAGGAGGAGAAGAUCAAGCCAUGGUGCCAUUCGACCCAUCUUGUCAACUUUGACAAUGAAAUUGAGGCCAAUACCUUGAUGAAGCAAUGGGAGUGA